UGAACUUUACUUGGAUAUCCCACCAUGGUGGUCUUCAAGAAAAUCAAGUCCUUCGAGGUGGUCUUCACCGAGCCCGAGAAGGUCUACUGCGGAGGGGAGAAGGUGACCGGCAAGGUGCUGGUGGAAGUGGCCGAGGUGACCCGGGUGACGGAGGUCAAGCUGGUGGCCUGCGGAGUGGCCAAGGUGGUCUGGUCCUCCGGACCCCAGCACUGCAAGCAGGAGAUGGAGUACAUGAGAGUGGAGGACACCUUACACAUGGAGGACCAGCCUACUGAUUCUGAUGGCUCUGUGAUCCUCAGACCCGGCAACCACUACGAGUACAAGUUUGGAUUCGAGCUUCCUCAGGGGCCUUUGGGCUCAACGUUCAAGGGGAAGUACGGAUCUGUGAAAUAUCGGGUCAAAGCUUUCCUGGAGAGACCAUCGCUCCCAGCUCUGGAAGUGCAGAAGAAGUUUCAAGUGGUGGACCUGGUGGACGUGAACACUCCAGAUUUAAUGUCUCCUGUCUCCGGCAAGAAAUACAAGAAGAUGACUUGCCUGUUCAUCCCUGAUGGCCACAUCACCAUGAGUGCCAGCAUCAACCGCAAGGGAUUCUGUGAAGGCGACGACAUCUGCAUCUCCGCUGACUUUGAGAAUACCUGCUCCCGCAUCGUCGUCCCCAAAGCUGCCAUCAUCGCCAAGCACACCUACUUGGCCAACGGCCAGACCAAAGUCUUCUCCCAGAAGCUGUGCAGCGUGCGGGGGAACCACAUCAUCUCCGGCAUGACGGACUCCUGGAGAGGAAAGAGUAUCCGCGUCCCGAAGAUCAAACCUUCCAUCCUCAGCUGCAACAUCCUCAGAGUGGAAUACUCUUUACUGGUUUACGUCAGUGUCCCCGGAGCAAGGAAGGUCAUCCUGGACUUGCCCCUCGUCAUCGGCACCAACUCCUCUGGUUUCAGCAGCCGCACCUCAAGCAUGGCCAGCCAGGUCAGUUCGGAGAUGAGUUGGGUGACGCUGAACAUCCCCGGCACUCCAGAAGCUCCUCCUUGCUAUCUGGAUAUUGUUGCCGAGGACCACAGGAUUGAAAGCCCAACAACGCCUCUGAUCGAUGAGCUGGACAACAUCUGCGACAGUCCCAUCUUCAUGUACGCCCCGGAGUUCAAGUUCAUGCCGCCUCCGACCUACACCGAGGUAAGCUCGGAGAGUUCAUCUGUAGAAACAUCUCACUGGUGGACGCCAAUAAGAAUUCCUGCGCUGAUUAGACGGAACGUAGAAGCACUUGUUGUUUCCUCAAGCUCUGACCUUGGCGAGAAGCGCGGCUCCGAGCAGGUCCCAUCUUCUCCUCUUGCGGCCUUUUUCUUAUUUUGGAAGUUGACGCCGAGGGGGCCGCCAUCACUGCGAGAGUCGCCACCCCAAGACCGUUCUUCUUCAGAUGGGCCACCACAAUGCAAAGCCGUUGGCCCCGCCCAACCCUCGGCCCUGAGUUUGGGUUGUCCUAGUAGAUGGGAAACGAGGACUCUCCAAGGCCGCCGGUUCUCGGAGUCGAGUAUUUCAAGUCGCGAGAGCGAACGCCGACCUUCCUACGCCCCGAUGAUGAUGACUGUGGUGCCUUCUAUAUAUAAAGGGAAGUUCAUCGUCGGAAAGCAUUCCAGCGUGUGCUUUAUGUACCCGCCGGGCUCGGUGAACGCACUCCACGAGGUGACCUUCGAAGCCUGCGUCAGUAUCUGCGUCCCGUGCUUCGCAUCCUUCGCACCAGCUCUCCGGGACGUGUCGUGA